CGAGACGAUCUUUCCUUUGAUAAUCCUUCUUGUCAAAUCGGUUGGGUGAUGAUUCGGACAAGCUUUGGCGCGAGUGACGGCCGGCUGCUGAUCAAACUCGGAGCGAGCGAUAAAGCUGGAGAUCUCGUAUCGACCAAGUAAAGUACAUUGGAAUCGGAUUCAUGCAUUAGACAACAUCUCGACAUGGCUGCUCCUCUUUACGUCACUCAGAGUGGUCGACUCUGGCACGCAGGUCUCAUCCUGCUCGUUACCGUUGGUCUUCCUGCCCGAGGCAAGACCCAUGUCUCUCGUUCUCUCGAACGUUAUCUUCGAUGGCUCGGAGUCAAGACCCGCUGCUACUCUCUAGGAGACUACCGACGUAAAGUCCUUGGUGCCGCAGAGAAAAUCCCCGCCGACUACUUUGAACCUGGAGAGAAAUCGGAAGAGACUAAAGCAUUACGGAAACGGAUAAAAGACGGGAUAGAGAAUCAGGUCUGGGAUUUCUUCUCGAGUCAGGGUGGGCAGGUCGUCAUCUACGACGCCAAUAACUGUGACAAGGCGAGCAGGAAGGACUUGUUGGAGAAGUUUGAGGCGAGAGGAGUGCACGUCAUCUUCUUGGAGUCCGUCUGCGACCGAAGAGAGAUCAUCGAGAACAACAUCCGUUCCGUCAAACUCUCUUCUCCCGACUACAAAGGAUGGGACCCCGAAGCCGCCGUGGCCGACUACUUCAAGCGUAUCCAAGUCCAAGCGAACAAAUACGAAGAGGUCACUGAUGACGAGGGGCCGUUCAUCAAGAUCAUCAAUGUUGGAGAGAGGAUCGUUAUCCACAGGAUCGAAGGUUACUUGCAGACGCGAUGUUGUUUCUUCUUGAUGAACAUCCACAACCAACCCCGAACGAUCUACUUUGCCAGGUCCGGCCAGUCUCUCAUCGAACACUCCUACAAGGCCGACUCGGAUCUCUCCCCUGCCGGAUGGGAAUACGCAGAACGACUCAAGGCGGCCGUCAUGUCCCGUAGGAAACAGGUCAUGGAAGAACGGCGUGAAGCCGGGGAAGAGGAUCUAUCAGAGACCAAGUUGAGGAUCUGGACGUCGUCGAGAAGGAGGGCGCAUCAUACCGCUUGGCCGUUCGUACAGUCUGGAUACAAGGUUGCUCAGAAACCUCAGAUGGGAGAGAUCAACCCCGGAGUUUGGGACGGUCUAUCUACAGAAGAGGCCAAGGCGCUAUACCCGGACGAGUGGGAACGAUUCCUCUCUGAUCCUUACGCGCAUCGAGCUCCUCGUGCCGAGAGUUACCACGAUCUGAGUGUCCGGCUCGAACCCAUUAUCUUUGAGCUCGAGCGGUGCCAGGACGAUCUCUUGAUCAUUGGCCACGCGUCGGUCAUCCGUUGUCUGCUCGCUUACCUGGUCGGGCUGCCGCCUAACGAGGUCCCCGCUGUCGAAAUCGCUCGGGGCGACCUGGUCGAGGUCGUGCCUGCCAGUUACGGAGUGGUCUCUCGAGCUUUCCACUUCUGGUCGGGAGAAGGUCGUGGUGAUGAAUCGGGAGCCAACCUGUACGAAAACUUCGCCGAGGCUACCGUUGGCAAGGGAGUCGUUGACAUGACGCACGUCCUGCCUACUGGGACGACCGACUACGAAGAGGCGGCCGCAGCGGAGGAGAGGGGUGAGAAGGAGAAAGCCAAGGGCCUGACGAGGAGGAGUGAGUUUGAAGAAGUAUAGACCGGGGCCGAAUGAGCUUUCGCAUGCGAGCGGGAUCCGGUCUUGUUGUCGUUUCAAUUUGCUGAGAGUUCUUGUCAUCGAAAUGCAGUGAGCGAGAUUAGGAUUUGAGGCCGAUUUCGAGCGGAUGAUGUUGUAGAGUAGUCCAGAUGAUUAUUUGAUAUCCCAAAACGGUCCAGAUCUG